GACAGAGACACGACUUUCAACCUCACAGUGAGACGCUCGUGAGGAGGAGAGUUCAUCUCGACAUCCGCGGGACAGGAGCUAGGAUGGAGUUAUCACUGAUGGCAGCGCAGCAUUUUCAAGCAGUCAGCGGGGCCUUCAUGGAUUCUCCAUACAACGGCAACACGUCUCUUCAGACGUCCAACUCCAAUCUCAACACCAGCUUCUCCAGACCAGCCGAGCAGGAAGAAGAGGGCAAGUUCUCCAGCGAUGCCAUCUGGCUGUGGGUGGCUGUCAUUGCAACCAUUGGCAACAUUGUGGUAGUAGCAGUGGUGUGCGCCUGUGCCUUUUAGACCCCGUAGUCUGCAAGAACACAGCCUGAACUCCUGAUCCUUCACCUGAUUGCACCUUAGCACAGUAUGUAGUAUGCAAACAACAAUUUAUGUCUCUUUACCCCAAAAACAUACCCUUUGCGUGCAUUUAAAUACACCCUAUUGAUUUCUAUUUUUAUUAGCACAUAUUCCAUAGAUCUGUCUUGCGACUAAACAAAAUAAUGGGUAAUUUUUUUGUCAGCAGGGGUUAGUUACAGUUUACUUGGUUAUAUAAGUCAGCAUUACACAACAUCUGUAAUCUGUCCAGUUGGUGAUUAAUAUGAUCAACCAAAUCCAUGGGACAUGUGUCUCUGGAUAGGGCUUGACAAAGUGUGCAUGUUGGUGGGUGUCAGUUCUCGCUAAAUCAGACAGAUGGUGGUUGUCUGAUGGGUCGACACAUUAAGCAUGCAUUAACUGGCAUCAGCUCAUAUGCAUCUGGUCAUUCUGCCCACUUCUCUUUUUUUCCCUCUACUGGUGGGGUCAAUACCAUUUUGGGCUGUUUUGGGACAAUAUAGAACAAAUAUAUAAUGCAUGUUGGCAUAUGUUAGCUGCAAGUGUGAGAAUGUGCUUUUGUGCUCAAAUCUUGUUGGAAAGAUCAUGUCUGUAUUAUUGUUAUUUUGUUGAACUUUUGUUGAACUCACAGGAACUCACAGGAGUGACACCACAAAAUCAUAAUUAAACAAAACUUUGGAGAUGAGUAAGGGUGGGAAUCUUUCGGUAUCUCACGAUUCGAUUCAGAUUCUUGGGGUCACGAUUCAAUUAAAAAUCGAUUCAUGAUUUUUCGGUUUUUAAUCACGAUUCACAAUUUAUAUAUAUUUUUUUGUGCACACUGGACAUCAAACACACCAGUAUUUUAAUACGAAAAACUCACCAGUCUAUAGUAUGGGUAGUCCUGACUAUUAACUAUUAACUUCCUCAUGAAUCUAAAAUAGGCCUACUUUACACUUCCCAUUAGCAAUCACACCAUCUUCAGGAAAGAAAUGACAUGUACUGCGAAACCCCUAAAUAUGAGAUGGGAGAAAAAAAUAUAUUUCAAUGCUUUCUCUCGCAAUUAUAUCAUUGGGUAAUAAUACUGUACACAAAUUGCAGGUAUCAGGGAGCUGUUAUUAUUAUGCAGGACUUUGAAACCGCUUUUGAAUGCACGUUUGUGUUUUACUUUCACUUUCGAGAUUCGCGAUCACACGGAGCGACAGUAGGCCUACUUACCACAUAUUUUACAAGAUAAGAUGUUUGUCAGUGGAUCUGCAAAUCAUUCGCCAUCGUCCUAUCAUUCAUCACUCCUUACUCUGUUUAUGUGGUAAGUGAA